CGAGGAGCAUCCGUGGGCGUGUGCUACGGCAUGAGCGGCAACAACCUGCCGCCCGUGAGCACCGCCGUCCACAUGCUCCGCGACAACGGCAUCACCUCCGUGCGCCUCUACGCGCCGGACAGCGCAGCGCUGGCCGCUCUCGGAGGCACCGGCAUCAGCGUCAUGGUCGGCGUACCCAACAACGUCUUCCCCAGCCUGGCCACCAGCGCGCCCGCGGCCGCCGCGUGGGUCGGCGCCAACAUCAACGCCCACCCGGCCGUCUCAUUCCGGUACCUCGUCGUCGGGAACGAGGUCGCCGGCAGCGACACACGGUACCUGGUCCCGGCCAUGGAGAACGUCCGUAGGGCGCUUGCUGCGGCCGGCCUGGGCGGCGCCAUCAAGGUCACGACGGCGAUAUCGCAGGCCACCAUCGCCGUACACGUCCCACCGUCCGCCGGCGAGUUCACCAACGCGUCCAAGCCGUUCCUGCUCCCCGUGCUGCAGUUCCUGAAGCGCACCGGUGCGCCGCUGCUCGCCAACCUGUACCCGUACUUCCUGUACACCAGCAACCCGCGCAACAUGGACAUCAGCUUCGCUCUGUUCACGGCGCCGGCGACGGUGGUGCAGGACGGGAAGUACGGUUACCAGAACAUGUUCCACGCGUCGGUGGACGCGGUGCACGCGGCCGGGGAGCGGCUCGGGGUGAGCGGCGUGGACGUGGUGGUGUCGGAGACCGGGUGGCCGUCGGCUGGCGGCAAGGCGGCGUCAGUGCAGAACGCGAGGACGUACAACCAGAACCUGGUGAACCACGUGGGGAAAGGCACGCCGCGGCGGCCGCGGAAGGUGGAGACGUACGUGUUGGCCAUGUUCAAUGAGAACCUCAAGGAGAACGGCGUGGAGCAGAACUGGGGGCUCUUCUACCCCAACACCAACAGGGUCUAUCCCAUCACCUUCGGCUACCCAGUGCCACUAGCCAUGACGAUCGGCGUCUGCUACGGCGUGGUCGCCAACAACCUCCCGCCGGCCAACGAGGUGGUGCAGCUCUACAGGUCCAAGGGCCUCACCGGCAUGCGCAUCUACUUCGCCGACGCCAAGGCCCUCUCCGCGCUCCGCGGCUCCGGCAUCGGCCUCAUCCUCGACGUCGGCGGCACCGACGUGCUGGCCAGCCUCGCCGCCAACGCCUCCAACGCCGCGAACUGGGUCCGGGAUAACGUCAGGCCCUACUAUCCGGCGGUGAACAUCAAGUACAUCGCCGCCGGCAACGAGGUCCUGGGCGGCGACACGCAGAACAUCGUCCCGGCCAUACGGAACCUCAACGCGGCCCUCGCCGGCGCCGGCCUCGGCGCCAUCAAGGUGUCCACCUCGAUCCGGUUCGACGCGGUGACCAACACCUUCCCGCCCUCCAACGGCGUGUUCGCGCAGGCCUACAUGACGGACGUGGCCCGGCUCCUGGCGAGCACCGGCGCGCCGCUGCUGGCCAACGUGUACCCCUACUUCGCCUACAAGGACAACCCGCGGGACAUCCAGCUGAACUACGCGACGUUCCGGCCGGGCACCACGGUGCGCGACCAGAACAACGGGCUGACCUACACGUGCCUGUUCGACGCCAUGGUGGACGCCCUGGUGGCGGCGCUGGAGCGGGCCGGCGCGCCGGGGGUGAGGGUGGUGGUUUCGGAGAGCGGGUGGCCGUCGGCGAGCGGGUUCGCGGCGACGGCGGACAACGCGAGGGCGUACAACCAGGGGCUGAUCGACCACGUCGGCGGGGGCACGCCCAAGAGGCCCGGCGCGCUGGAGACGUACAUCUUCGCCAUGUUCAACGAGAACUUCAAGACCGGGCAGCUCACCGAGAAGCACUUCGGGCUGUUCAACCCGGACAAGUCGCCGGCGUACCCUAUCCAGUUCCGUUAGUCUGGCUGCGUCGUCCAUACAUGCGCCCGUAUGUACACACGUGCACUGUCAACCUAAAUAAGCUGCGUAUAGUGCAGGAGUGAAGUGUAACGUGGAUACAAUAUACGUACACGUCGACAUAUUGUCAGCCUAAAUAAGCUGCACGUAUAUUGCAGCAGUGAAGUGUAACGAGAAUGCAUGUCAUAACAUCGAUUCAUGCAAGAGUAGUGCAAUGCAACCAUUCCAGGUGGUGUUAUAUAUCGUCUGUCAUGAAUAAAGAGGAGGAAAUUGAGGCAGUUA